AAACGGCGUGAAGCCCAAGUAAAAGAGGCACUUCCACCCGAGGCCCAAGACGUAGCGAAAUGCCUCGUGACAGGAGACUCGGCGAGUGAGUCUCCGGUUCAUCUCUGUCAUGUCUUCCAUGAGCGCCACUGGAGCAAUCAUCCUAUGCUAUCGCGUCUCGAAUGGGCAUGGGGCAUGAAAUAUAAUACCAUUCAGACGGAUACAGACUCGAACACGAUAUCGCUCCGUCAUGAUUGGCGCGGUUUGUUUGAAUCUGACAGGUGGGCUUUAAUGCCCUCCACUGAUAUAAUAGAAAAGCUGUGGGAUCGUUGGGUCAAGUUUCCCCUCCGGGAUGGCAAUGUUCCAUCGAUCGAGGAUAUUUACGACGGUGCGGAGAUUUUCGAGUACCGUCUGGUGCCGCUAUUCCCCGAUGUUCCUUCUAUUUCCCGUCGCAAAAAACCUGAAGAUGCACCGGAAGGCGAUGAAUUCUCAGGCACCUCUGUACAUUCGUAUCCGUUCGACACUCUGCCGCCCAUCUUCUCAAGAGUCAAGCCUCACUUCGUGGUAUACGAUGCUGGCAGGAAAAUCAGAUCAAUUUUGCUCAAGUCUUACAGGACUACUUCUGACAUUGCUCGUAUCUAUGGAGUUUCCAGGGAAAAGGCCGAUCGUGCGAAGAUCGUGGUGUAUUCAACAUAUUGCGCAUGGAAUGACCAUGCUUACCCUGCGACAUUUGUGAUUGCACCUCGAAGGAAUGAUUCGCGGUCGCGCUCUGGCCUAAUCAGGCCCGGCCAACCGAAUUCUGCAUCACAGCGUGCUCGUCGCCCGAUGAAACGAUCCAGAGCGACUGUUGAAGUCAUCGACACGGUGUGCCCGCAGCCGGAUGUUGUUAGAUAUGCCACCUCCCUGUCGCGUGUCUCUCCAUGUGGAUCGGACGUUUUGAUUGUAGGGGAUUCUGGGUGGGAUACCGAAGUGGAUGCGGAAUUUGAGAGGAAACAGGUCCGCCGCGCGAUCAAAGCCUCGAAACGGUGGGUCAGGGACUGUGAACGGGAGGCUCAAUCAUCGGGUGGGUGGAUAUCUUGUGUCACCGACGAUGAACAGGUGAAGAGCUAUCGUCAAGAGCCGGCUCGAAGAAUGAUUUCAACGAUGUGAUGUGCGCAUGAUCAUGACUGUCAUUCUGCUGGAGUGUUAUCAUGUUAUUGUCUCUCUACGACAUGUCCAGGUGGAUGAAGACUCGCAAAGCUGCGUCCAUCUUUGCCCGAACACAUGUAUAUGCUACUACUCCUGCUCACUCGUUUGAAAAUUAAUUUGCGCAUCAUC